CCGUCGUCAGUUGCUCGCUCGCAGUCGUUGGGUUCGCAGUGAGAAAACGAAAACAAAUUCACUAGCCGUGGGUUUUGUACUUGGCAAUUGCUCCAAUCAGAACAAAGUGUUAUAGCAAAAGUUGUUCUUCUAAAAUUUAUUAGUUGACUCGCACAACGGGAAGCCUGAUCCUUGAAGCUUUCGGGAUAAAGUAAAGGAACAAGCGUCCACGCGAUCGGAGGAAACAAAGGAAUACAGAACGUACACAAAAGGAUAACGCGUAAUAUUCCGACCGACCAAGAAUAUUUCCGGGAUUUGGUGAUUGCCUAUUACCGAAGAACUUGAUGCGAAAAUCGGCUGAUUUUCGGAAAAAUUGUCGGAGUAGACUUUUGCUCUGCUGUCAAACACCACCAAACAAGGUUCACAAAUUCGUUCCCCAUCGGAAAGGGAGUUCGAAGUACGAACAAAGGAUCAAAGGAAGGAGGAAAAUCAAGGCACAAGCAGUUCUACGAAUCGAUUCAGCCUUCAAUUUUGCAAAACCAUCUGUUUGAUCCUUUUUCGGGUAUCGUGUGCGUGUGUUUGUGUUGAAAAUACAUCAUAAUAAAAGUGCAUGCUUACGGGAAUUGCCUGCCCUGCAGUGGGAGCUCGUACAUAAUCCGAAAUUUGGUGAAUUUUGUGUUGUUUUUUUCGGCUUCUGCCACGCCUGCAUAGUGUCGAAGGCUCAGCGAUUCCUUUGAAAAGUGGUUCUACCGAGCUCGAAAGAUGUCGUAGAACGGAAAAUAAAUUUGUGUAUAACGCGAGAACCUUGCUACGACGCAGUGAAGAUAGAAGUGGCAAAAGUGGUAAAUAUAAAAAAACAACGAAAAAUAAAGCAAUAAAGAAGAGUUGAUUAGAAGAAACCAAAGCAAGAACGGUGCAGCAAAAGAAAGAGAAAAGUUUGUCGAUUCCGCGCGUGUGUGUCCUUACAGGAGAGCUGUAAAGCAAACAAGGAAAAAGUUCGACAGCUAAAGGAAAGAUCCAGAAUUACGUUGGUUACUGCCUUCGGGAGUGUGUAGAUGCUAGCAACGGCAAUGGAUAACAAAGAGAACGUAUUCAAUGCGGCUCAGGGUGGCAAUCUGGUCAUCCUAAAGCGAUACAUUAGCGGUCGUCCACAGAAUGAAGUCGAAAUGUUGGUAACGGCAAAGACGGGCGGUGCCACACCACUACUGAUAGCCUGCCGGAAUGGUCACUUUGACGUAGCCCAGUAUCUAAUUAAGCGUUGCCAUGCCGAUGUGGAACAACCCGGAUCAGUGAUAUUCGAUGGCGAAACGAUAGAGGGCGCACCGCCCCUAUGGUGCGCUUCGGCUGCCGGCCACAGCAGCAUAGUAAAACUUCUAGUCCAGCAUGGUGCCAAAGUGAACAGUACAACCAAGACGAACAGCACACCACUGCGGGCGGCCUGCUUCGAUGGACACUACGAAAUCGUCCGAUAUCUAGUGUCGCACAAUGCCGAUAUCGAAGUAGCGAACCGCCACGGCCACACCUGUUUGAUGAUCGCCUGCUACAAGGGUCACUACAAGAUCGCACAAUACCUGCUCUCGCUCAAGGCGGACGUAAACCGGCGCAGCGUGAAAGGCAACACCGCACUGCACGAUUGCGCCGAGUCCGGUUCGCUCGAAAUCCUCCAACUGCUGCUUCAACACGGUGCUACAAUGGACGUGGAUGCCUACGGAAUGACACCCCUCCUGGCGGCCAGCGUAACGGGACACCUGCCGAUCGUAGAACACCUCAUCAGUUUGCCAUGCGUGAAACGGGAAGACAAAAUUGCCGCUCUCGAGCUGCUUGGUGCAACCUACGUCGAUAAGAAACGGGAUAUGCUGGGGGCACUGUCAUUUUGGAAGCGUGCCAUGGAAGAAAGAUACAACCGUAAUACCAUCCUGCCGAAACCAGUGCGCGAACCCGUUCCUGCCUAUGACUACGCCCAGGAAGUGAGCGAUUUGGGUGCACUGGAAGAACUGGUGAUGGACCCGGACGAGAUGCGUAUGCAGGCACUGCUCAUACGCGAACGAAUUCUUGGGCCGGUCCAUCCGGAUACCAGCUACUACAUUCGUUUUCGAGGUGCUGUCUACGCGGAUUCCGGUCGAUUCGAUCGGUGCAUAGAACUGUGGACGUACGCACUGUCGAUGCAGCAGAACAUUCUGGAACCGCUGAAUCCGAUGACACAAUCGUCACUGUUGUCCUUCGCCGAACUGUUCAGCUUCAUGCUGGGUGAAGCGGGCCGACCGAUCACCCGCGGCCGGAUUGUGCCUCCGAUCGAAACGUCCGACAUGUUGAUCAUUUUCCGCAAAUCGAUCCGCGAGGUUCAGCUCGGCCAGAAGAUGCUGGAACAGUUGGCAAGCCACGAGCGGGACAGCACGGCACUGAACCGGGCCCUGGUUAUCUCGUUGCAUUUGGCAUGUCUGCUGGCUCGACUGCUAGAUGAGGACGAGGAGAUUUGUUGUGAUAGCAUGAAGCACCAGAUUUUGUGUGCAUUUUACGAAUUAGUCAGUUUAAAGAUUGUGGCCAAAUCCGGUCGGACGGCGCUGCAUCUUGCGUGCUACAAGGAGGCGGCACUCGUAGGUCGCUACCCUGCCUGUCAACUGCCAUCGCCCCGCCUCGCCAAGGCACUGCUCGAGGUCGGUGCGGAUCCGAACGCACAGGACGAAGCGGGCAACACUCCACUGCAUUUAGCGGCACUGACCCGACCCUGCCCGACCAGUCUGGCACAGACGCUACUGGACCAUGGGGCACAUUUGGACACCAAAAACCUGGACGGUGACACAUUCGAAACGUUGCUGCAGAACCAGCGGCUACACGAGCUCGUAAAUCCCAUAAAAUUCACCCGUCUGACCUGCCUCGCCGCUCGUGUCAUCCAGCGUCACGCCAUCGAAUACCGUAGUCAGGUGCCCAAGUGUCUGUACGAGUUUGUUGAUUCCCACUAGAAAAACAAAACAAACAAAAAAACUGGUAGCCGGGUGCGAUGAUCCCAGUAGCAACCCGUUUUCUAGGUUAGACAAAUUGAGUCAUCAGCAGUGCUUGUGGCUCUUCUCGUUCGAUCUCUGCUCCUCGGAGUGGACCCAGAACAUAGUUGUAUAGUUUGAAAUUUGCCGACAAAUGCUGCCACGACCCCUCCCGGAUGGCUGCCAUAGAAGGCUAGUCCCCUUCCAAUGCGCAUGAUGUAGUUCUUUUUUUUUUAUUUGUUAGUCUAAGUACACCAUCAGCUGCCGAUUUGAGCGAGCAAUUCAAAACGGUUCAGAGUGAUGUGGUUCGGGUGGUAAUUGGAAUACUAGAUCAAAACACCCCCUCUCAAUCCGAUAGUUUUUAGCGUCUAAAAGCAUGUUUUACCGUUUAGCAGAUUGAUCAGAUUUUUAGGUCCUGCAAAACCUUUCCGCAUUGGUCCGCUCCGGCAGACCUCGGGGAAUGGGUUCUUUCUUGGACACGAUGCAGUCUGAAUGUGGAAACAAAACCGCUCGAAGUAAAGUUUUCUAUUAGCUAAUGGAAUGGCUCAAACUAUUUUUUUUACGAUCAAUAUUUGCUUGCGAUAAGAGUGAAUGGAGACAAUUUGAGCAUUGACAAUUUGAAAUGUUUUCAAUAAUUUACUUCAAUUAUCUACAGAAAAAAAAACUGUUCAUUAGGUUAGAGCUAGAAAGUAUUCAAGUGUUCACUCACUAUAUAAUUUCUCUGGAAUACUGUAAAUACUGUUGUACCCUCUGAGAACUGUCGCUGAAGAAAGCGUGUUAGACUUUUGACAAUUGUGAAAUACAAGAAUACAACAAAGAAAAAAAACAAUGAAAUAGUAAAUUUGAAUAUGUAGAAAGCUCACGAUCCAACAGUUUUAGUGCGCCAACAAAAAUGUAUUAAGUAGCAAUCGUCAUUUAUAACGUUUCUUAAUCAAACCAAGAAGAAGAAGAAGAAGAAGAAAACCAAACGGCGCUAAAAGGUAAGUUGUUCGAAUUUGCUAGCUUUAGCUAUACACAUACACACAUACACUUACACACAUACACACUCUUUCAUACAAACAAAAAAGCUACAUGUAAUGUCGUGAUAUCACUUAGACAAGUGAACAAAACAUAGAUUAUCAUCAUUCAUCCUAUAGUUUUUAUCUACUUUAAUUUGUCACAUACACAACUGCGCAUAGCUCGUCAAUCUUUGAACCAGAAUAAUCAGAGCUGACAACAACAACAAAAAAAACAUUCAAUCGACGGUGGAUGCCUUUUUAAAACCUAAACGCUCUAUAAUCAGCCCUUUAAUAAGAGAGAGACCAUACUCAUACCAUUGACCCUGUAUUGACAAAGGAGCAGCUACAGGCCGCCGCCAUUAAACCGUUGCGAAACGAUACAUAAUUCGAGAACUUUGACGCCACUGCGAAGCCCAAAAGUUAAUGUGGGAAUAUAACCAAAACAAGCAAAAAAGAGCAGUGGCAGUCAUUUUAAUGGUUCUUAGAAGUAUUGUUGCUAGUUGGCAAUGUCCCCGUCGGUGAUUAGGUCGGUUCAGUCAGUUGAUACCUUUAGUGUUGAAACGGUGAAAAAAAAAAACGUUGCAACCCAGAUAAAAUAAACAAAACAGGAACAAAAACGAUUAUAAUAGUGAAAAAUUAUACAUACAAGAAAUAUUAAAAA